GGGUAUGCACCCACCUAUGGAACGGGUCAUGCAGAAAGUUGCGAAAAGAAAGAUCGUGUGGGUCUCUCCGCUCCAAACAAAGCCAUGUUCCAUCCCUGGCCUCUCGGUUCCCAUCGGUGUGCCUGCUCCUGCGGGGAGAGCCUGCCCCUGGAGAAUUCUGCUUUGACUAAGCUUCCCAAUCAGCGCGCGAGGGAAAGGCGCGCUCCCUCCCUCGGCCGGCCUGCGUCCUCGCCCCGCCGGCUCCGCACGGCCCUCCCAUUCUCUCCACUUCCCUUCCGUUCCCUCCCUGUCGGGGCGGAAUUAAGUCCAAGGCAGGAUCAGGUUCCCCGCCUUCCAGUCCGAAAAUCCCGCCAAGGGAGCCGCAGAGCAGAGAAAAAACCCCGAAGUGGAGCCAGGGGAAGAAAGAGACCAGUGAGUCACCGGCCGGGAGGGGAGGGAGCCGCCGCCGCGCCGCCUGCAGCCGCGAUCCGGCACCUGGACGCCGAGCUGCAAACCUCGCCCCUUUCAACAAAGGCAGCCGGCGCGCAGACUGCACGUUUGCAACUCCAAGAUGCAGUCCCAACAGUACCUGCAGCAGCGUCGAAAAUUUGCAGCCGCCUUCUUGGCAUUCAUUUUCAUUUUGGCAGCUGUGGACACUGCUGAAGCUGGGAAGAAAGAGAAACCGGAGAAAAAAGUGAAGAAGUCCGACUGUGGAGAAUGGCAGUGGAGUGUGUGUGUGCCCACCAGCGGGGACUGUGGGCUGGGCACCCGGGAGGGCACCAGGACUGGAGCUGAGUGCAAGCAGACCAUGAAGACCCAGAGAUGUAAGAUCCCCUGCAACUGGAAAAAGCAAUUCGGAGCGGAAUGCAAAUACCAGUUCCAGGCCUGGGGAGAAUGUGACCUCAAUACCGCCCUGAAGACCAGAACUGGGAGUCUGAAGCGAGCCCUCCACAACGCUGACUGCCAGAAGACGGUCACCAUCUCCAAGCCCUGUGGGAAGCUGACUAAGCCCAAGCCUCAAGCAGAAUCGAAGAAGAAGAAAAAGGAAGGCAAGAAACAGGAGAAGAUGCUGGACUAAAAGAGGCCACCACCUUCUGUGGAACAUAAAAGGACAUCAGCAAACAGGAUCAGUUAACUAUUACAUUUAUACCUACUGUAGGCUUUUUAUUCAAAAAUUAUCUAUAGCUUAAGUAUACAAUAGGCAGAAACGAAAAGAAAAGAACAUUUUUGUAGUAGCAUUUUUUAAAUGUAUACCAUAGUACCACUAGGGGCUUAUAAUAAAGGACUGUAAUCUUGUUUAGAAAGUUGACUUAUAGUACAUGAUAAGUGAUAGAAAAUUGAGGUAAGUUUUUUGAAGUUAUGUGAUAUUUUACAUUUAAAAUUUUUUUUACAUGUUUUUUUUUUCUUUUGGCAGCAAGUUAAAUGUUAUGACCAUGUAAACUACUUCUCUUGUUAGGUAAUUUUUUUCACCUAGACUUUUUUUUCCCAAUCAAGAAAAACAUAUACUAAACAAAGCAGCAAUAAAAUAUAAUCAUCCCACUUGAGGAAAGUAUCUUGAUUUCUGCCAGUGGAUUAAAAAAUUUGUAGUCAGCAUAGGAGGGAGAGGGGGCAGAGCAUGCACUAGUUCAGUGUCGACUUUUUUUUUUUUUUUUUUUAAGAAAAGCAUUAAAACAUGAAAUUGUUUCACUUUGGCAGAAACGUUUGUUUUCUUGAUGAAACUAUUUUUCCAUCUGAGGGAAAAAAAAUGACUAGGAAAAUAAAUCAAGGUGAUGCUGAAAAAAAGGUGCUUUUGUGUGCAAUAAUUUGAUAUUGUCACCCUUCUGCAUUUGCCACCUACACUCCCCCGGUCCACCUGUUAGCAGUGAGAAUUUAUCAUACAAACUAACUCGCGCUUGAGCACGAAUGUUCUAGAGAGUUUAUUUAUAUAGAUGUCUAUAUCUAUAUAUUUUUAACUUUCUGUCAAUAUGUAGUGGGUUAGACUGGUGCUCCUGAAUUGAACAAAAGUCCCACAGUGAUCUAGCAGUUAGGAAAAUGCUCUUCUUGUAUUUAAUAAAUCUGGGCUUCCACAGUACCAAAUCCCAAAUCAGGAUCAGAGUAACACAAUGCAAAAUGGUACUUUGCACUUGAUUUCCAUAAACCAAGACUUUCUACUCUAUUAUACUACCCCCGCCCCCCAUAUCUACUGAGCUCUGUGCUUCUGUUAUUCAGGGAAAUAAAGUCUUGGAAAUUA